GGUUAAGAGCCGGCCAUUCGUGUAAAAACCUUCGUACAGUGAGCGUCAUUACGUCGCAUUUUCACAACUUUUAGAACCUUUUAAGAAUUAGCACAUAAAGAAAUUAAAACAAGAUGGCAAAAGCACCAGCAGUCGGUAUCGAUUUGGGCACGACGUAUUCUUGCGUCGGUGUUUUCCAACAUGGAAAGGUCGAAAUUAUCGCCAACGAUCAGGGUAACAGGACGACGCCCUCGUACGUUGCAUUCACAGACACCGAACGUCUUAUUGGAGAUGCCGCUAAAAACCAAGUCGCUAUGAAUCCCAACAACACAAUUUUCGAUGCUAAAAGAUUGAUUGGACGUAGAUUCGAUGAUACUACAGUCCAAGCUGAUAUGAAACAUUGGCCAUUCGAUGUAAUUAACGACAACACCAAGCCAAAGAUCAAAGUAGAAUACAAAGGAGAAGUAAAAUCAUUCUAUCCAGAAGAAGUGAGCUCCAUGGUUUUAACCAAAAUGAAGGAAACCGCCGAAGCGUACCUGGGAAAAUCAGUUGUUAACGCUGUAAUCACCGUCCCCGCCUAUUUCAACGACUCCCAGCGUCAAGCAACUAAAGAUGCUGGAACAAUCGCAGGGUUACAUGUUUUGCGUAUCAUCAACGAGCCAACAGCAGCCGCCAUUGCUUAUGGUUUAGAUAAAAAGGGAGUUGGAGAAAGAAACGUUUUAAUUUUUGAUUUGGGCGGUGGAACUUUUGAUGUCUCCAUUUUAACGAUCGAGGAUGGUAUUUUCGAGGUGAAAUCAACAGCUGGAGAUACUCACUUGGGUGGGGAAGAUUUCGAUAAUAGAAUGGUAAAUCACUUUGUUCAGGAAUUUAAGAGGAAAUACAAGAAAGAUUUGACCUCCAAUAAGAGGGCGUUACGUCGUUUGAGAACAUCUUGCGAAAGAGCGAAGAGAACUUUAUCAUCGUCGACACAAGCCAGCAUCGAAAUUGAUUCACUGUACGAAGGAAUCGACUUUUACACAUCCAUAACUCGCGCUCGAUUUGAAGAACUUAACGCCGAUUUGUUCCGCUCGACCAUGGAACCAGUUGAGAAGUCCCUUCGGGAUGCUAAAAUGGAUAAAGCUCAAAUCCACGACAUCGUCCUUGUUGGUGGAUCCACGCGUAUCCCAAAAGUUCAAAAACUCCUUCAAGAUUUCUUCAAUGGUAAAGAAUUGAAUAAAUCUAUUAACCCAGAUGAAGCCGUCGCUUACGGUGCCGCCGUUCAAGCCGCAAUCUUGCACGGCGACAAAUCGGAAGAGGUACAGGAUUUGUUGCUUUUGGACGUUACUCCUUUGUCGUUGGGUAUCGAGACCGCUGGAGGCGUAAUGACCGCCCUCAUUAAGCGUAACACUACGAUCCCUACGAAACAGACGCAGACGUUCACAACUUAUUCUGAUAACCAACCAGGCGUGCUGAUUCAGGUUUACGAAGGAGAAAGAGCCAUGACUAAAGAUAACAACCUUUUGGGUAAAUUCGAACUUACCGGGAUUCCACCAGCACCUAGAGGAGUUCCACAAAUCGAAGUAACCUUCGAUAUCGACGCUAACGGUAUCUUAAACGUAACCGCCAUCGAAAAAUCCACCAAUAAAGAAAAUAAGAUUACUAUCACCAACGAUAAGGGACGUUUGAGUAAAGAGGAAAUUGAACGUAUGGUUAAUGAUGCCGAAAAAUAUCGUAGCGAAGAUGAAAAACAAAGAAACACCAUUUCCGCUAAAAACGCUUUGGAGUCUUACUGCUUCAAUAUUAAGGCGACCAUGGAAGAUGAGAAGGUUAAAGAUAAAAUCAGCGAGUCCGACAAGAACACCGUCAUGGAGAAGUGUAACGAAGUUAUUGCUUGGUUAGAUGCGAAUCAAUUGGCCGACAAAGAAGAAUACGAACACAAACAAAAGGAAUUGGAAGGAGUCUGCAAUCCAAUCAUUACCAAAUUCUAUCAAGCUGCCGGUGGUGCUCCUGGUGGUAUGCCUGGAUUCCCCGGUGGAGCUGGAGCUGCACCAGGAGGACCAGCACCUGGAGCUGGUGGAAACACUGGACCAACUAUCGAAGAAGUUGAUUAAACAAUUUAAUUUUUCUUAAAUAUCAUUCCAUUUAUUUUAUUUUUUUUGAAGAGAAGAAACAGUAUUAUUUGUUUUUGUUUAAAAGAUUUUUUUUUUGUUUCAACAAAUUUUUUUCCCGUUUUUAUUUAGUUAUAAAAGGGUCCUUUAUGAACUUUUGAAACUUGUGGCUCGACUUUUAAUUCUACUCUGAUGUAAUAGUUCAAGUUUGUCGGUUUUUUUAUUUGGAAGCAUUUUUUUUUUUGUGAAACUAAUAAAACAUUUCAAUUAAUGUU